UUUCGCCAACACAACUCCUUAUUAAAUAGACCUUCGUUAACCUCUGGAUCUCACUCACAAUAAACUUGUCUCCAGGAAAGAAGAAAUGGGCAGUUCUAAUGAGCAAGAUCUACUAUCUACCGAGAUUGUUAACCGUGGGAUCGAACCAUGUGGUCCAAACGCUGGUUCACCAACGUUCUCGGUCAGAGUACGGAGACGUUUACCUGAUUUUCUUCAAUCCGUCAACCUGAAGUACGUGAAACUUGGUUACCACUACCUCAUAAACCAUGCCGUUUAUUUGGCGACCAUACCGGUUCUUGUGCUUGUCUUUGGUGCUGAGGUUGGGAGUUUAAGCAGGGAAGAGAUUUGGAAGAAACUUUGGGAUUAUGAUAUCGCAACUGUCAUCGGAUUCUUCGGUGUCUUUGUCUUAACCGUUUGUGUCUACUUCAUGUCUCGUCCUCGCUCUGUUUAUCUCAUUGAUUUCGCUUGUUACAAGCCUUCCGAUGAACUCAAGGUGACGAGAGAAGAGUUCAUAGAUCUAGCUCGAAAAUCAGGGAAGUUCGACGAAGAAACCCUCGGCUUCAAGAAGAGGAUCCUACAAGCCUCAGGCAUAGGCGACGAGACGUACGUCCCAAGAUCAAUCUCUUCGUCCGAAAACAUAACAACAAUGAAAGAGGGUCGUGAAGAAGCCUCGACGGUGAUAUUCGGAGCACUGGAUGAGCUUUUCGAGAAGACACGUGUCAAACCGAAAGACGUAGGUGUCCUUGUGGUUAACUGCAGCAUCUUUAACCCCACGCCGUCAUUAUCAGCAAUGGUGAUUAACCACUACAAGAUGAGAGGGAACAUACUUAGCUACAAUCUCGGAGGGAUGGGUUGCUCAGCUGGAAUCAUAGCCCUCGAUCUUGCUCGUGACAUGCUUCAGUCUAACCCGAAUAGUUACGCAGUGGUUGUGAGUACCGAGAUGGUUGGGUAUAACUGGUACGUGGGACGUGACAAGUCAAUGGUUAUACCUAACUGUUUCUUUAGGAUGGGAUGCUCCGCCGUUAUGCUCUCUAACCGCCGCCGUGACUUCCGUCACGCGAAGUACCGCCUUGAGCACAUUGUCCGGACUCAUAAGGCUGCCGACGACCGUAGCUUCAGGAGUGUGUACCAGGAAGAAGAUGAACAAGGAUUUAAAGGGUUGAAAAUAAGCAGAGACCUAAUGGAAGUUGGAGGUGAAGCUCUCAAGACCAACAUCACUACCUUAGGCCCUCUCGUCCUUCCUUUCUCGGAGCAGGUUCUCUUCUUUGCCGCUUUGCUCCGCCGAACUUUCUCCCCCGCCGCCAAAACCAUAACCUCCUCUACUACCGCCAAAACCAACGGAGCCAAAUCGUCCUCCUCAUCUGAUCUGUCCAAGCCAUACAUACCGGACUACAAGCUCGCCUUUGAGCAUUUCUGCUUCCACGCCGCAAGCAAAACUGUGCUUGACGAGCUUCAGAAGAAUCUAGGAUUGAGUGAAGAGAACAUGGAGGCUUCUAGGAUGACUUUGCAGAGGUUCGGAAACACAUCUAGCAGUGGAAUCUGGUACGAGCUUGCUUACUUGGAGGCCAAGGAAAGAGUCCGCAGAGGUGAUAGGGUUUGGCAGAUUGCGUUUGGGUCGGGUUUUAAAUGUAACAGUGUGGUUUGGAAGGCGAUGCGGAAGGUGAAGAAGCCUGCUAGGAACAAUCCUUGGGUGGAUUGCAUCAGCCGUUAGUCUGUCGCUCUCUAAUCAUUUAUUUUUAAAAUUAUUAUAUUUCUUCUUAACGAAAUCAUGUAAGAUCAUCCCUAGUUAUCAUAAUUUGGUCAGGCUCUCUUCCUUGAUGUUGGAUGAUAGAAAAUAGAAACUGCUUACUGA